GACGACAAGGUCAAGCGCGAGGUCGCCAUCAUGAAGCGCCUCGACCACCCCAACAUCGUCCGGCUCAAGGAGGUCAUCGACGACGUCAAGAGUCGCAAGGUCUUCAUGGUCCUCGAGUUCAUGGCCGGCGGCCAAGUCGAGUGGCAGGACGACAACAAGCAGCCGACCAUGACGGUCGACGAAGCUCGCCGCACGUUCCGCGACGUCGUCCUCGGCCUCGAGUACCUUCACUACCAGGGCAUCAUCCACCGCGACAUCAAGCCCGCCAACCUCCUGUGGACCGAGGACCACUCGACCGUCAAGAUCUCCGACUUUGGCGUCUCGCACGUGUCCGAGGCGCUCAUGCGCUGCUCGGACGACGACGACCGCCGCGAUCACGCGUGCCACGGCGAGGACGACAAGGCGCUGCGCAAGACGGCCGGCAGCCCGGCCUUCUUUGCGCCCGAGCUCCGCAUGGGCACGCGCGACAGCCCUCGCACCCGUCCUCCUGUCGGCCGGGGCAUCGACGUGUGGGCCCUCGGCGUCACGCUCUACUGCCUCCUGUUCGGCGACACGCCGUUCACGGCCCGCACCGAGUACGAGCUGUACAACGUGAUCGUGCGCGAGGGGAUCCGCGUGCCG